GAAUGAAAAAUACCUUGUCACACUUUACUCAUGAUUUGAAAAUGACACGAAACAGUUACCCAGAAGGAUGUCCUUAUUUCACAAGUGACACCUCCCCUACUAUAAAAGAUUACCACACUGGGUUAUACAGUGAAUUUAGCUGAGUUUGUCAUAAAGAAAAAGGAAGAAGGACAGAGAUGUGGAUCAUUCUAAAUAUCUGCUUGUAUCUGUCAUUUAACUAUAUCUCUGCUACUUUUAUCUCAGACUCUUGUCAGCUCCAAGGACGCUUCAAGUUGAACGGGAUGUACCAGGUUGGAGACUUAAUCAUUGGAGGCCUUUUUGAGGUUCAGCACCUCAAAGUCUUCCCAGAACUUACCUUCAGAACUGAGCCAGAACUGCCCCAGUGUGAGGAAUUCUAUAUGGCAAGUUUCCAGCAGGCACUGACUAUGGUUUUUGCCAUAAAUGAGAUUAACAAUAAUAACGACCUGCUGCCUAACAUCACGCUUGGUUACCAAAUCUAUGACAACUGCUUAAGAAUUGGAGUGGCGUUCCGGGCUGCCAUAUCCCUGGCUAGUGGGACAGAGGAGUCCUUCUCAGACCUCAACUGCACUGGCCCUCCUCCGGUGAUUGGGAUUGUGGGGGACCCAGGUUCAAGUCAAUCAAUAGCAAUUUCCAGUGUCCUGGGUCUGUUUCGAGUUCCUAUGGUUAGUUACUAUGCCACUUGCUCCUGUUUGAGUGACAGGAAAAAGUACCCAUCUUUCUUCAGAACAAUCCCCAGUGAUGCCUUCCAGGUGCGGGCUAUGGUUCAGAUCUUGAGACAUUUUGGAUGGACCUGGGUUGGUCUCCUCUACAGUGAUGACGACUAUGGCAUCUAUGCUGCUCAGUCCUUCCAGCAGGAAAUGCAGCUGUUUGGGGGUUGUGUGGCAUUCUCUGAGAUUUUGCCUUAUGAUAAUAACCACAGGGACAUUCAUCGAAUAGUAGGGGUUAUACAGACCUCUACAGCCAAGGUAGUUGUAGCAUUCUCAACUGAUUUGUCAUCCCUGAUGGAUGAGUUGUUGUCGCAAAAUGUGACAGGCAGGCAGUGGAUUGCAAGUGAGGCUUGGACAACAACACCUGUCCUACAAACUCCACAAUAUUUGCCCCUACUGGGGGGGACCCUGGGCAUUGCCAUCCGUCAUGGACAGAUUCAGGGACUUCAUGACUUUCUGAUACAUCUCCACCCUGACAAUAAUCCAAAAAACAGUACAAUAAAAAUAUUUUGGGAGAAAAUUUUUGGGUGCAAAUUUGAGGCUGUAGAUGAACAACAAGAACAAGGUGGAACCAAAUGUUCAGGGCAAGAGGAUCUGAGCAGCACAGAAACAGCAUACACUGAUGUAUCAGAGCUGAGGGCCUCAUAUAAUGUGUAUAAGGCAGUUUAUGCCCUGGCAUAUGCACUUCAUGACCUAAUGCAGUGUGAAGAGGGGAAAGGACCAUUCAGUGGGAACAGCUGUGCCAGCAUAACCAACCUGAAACCCUGGCAGCUGGUUCACUACCUACAAAAGGUGAACUUCACCACAGGUUUUGGGGAUCGUGUGUCAUUUGAUAAGAAUGGAGAUGCUCUGACCAUCUAUGAUGUGAUGAACUGGCACCCAAGGUCUGAUGGGUCGAUCGUUGCCCGUACAGUUGGUGUGGUAGAUGAAGGGGCGACAACAGGGAAAGUGCUCACACUGGAUGAAGAUGCAUUAUACUGGAAUUUUGAGACAAAAAAGCCCCCACAGUCUGUGUGUAGUGAGAGCUGCCCCCCAGGCACCAGACGAGCUAGGAGGAAAGGCUUUCCUGUCUGCUGUUUUGACUGCCUGCCAUGUGGCGAUGGAGAGAUUUCUAAUACGACAAAUUCACCCGAAUGCGUCAUGUGUUCAGAUGAGUUUUGGCCGAGUCCAAAAAAUGACCACUGUGUUCCUAAAGAAGUUGAAUUUCUAUCCUAUGAAGAUCCGCUGGGGAUUUCUCUGACCACUGCCUCCCUCUUAGGCACUAGUUUCUGUGCUCUUGUGAUGGUCAUCUUUGCUCAUCACCGCAACACUCCUGUAGUACGUGCUAACAAUUCAGAGCUUAGCUUUCUGCUGCUGUUGUCACUCAAACUGUGUUUCCUGUGUGUGCUGCUGUUCAUUGGACGGCCACAGUUGUGGACAUGUCAGUUAAGGCAUGCUGUGUUUGGCAUAAGCUUUGUCCUGUGCAUCUCCAGCAUCCUGGUCAAGACUAUGGUGGUAAUAGCUGUGUUCAAGUCAUCUCGACCAGAGGGCAAAUCUGCCAUAAAGUGGUUUGGUUCAAAACAGCAAAGAGGAACCAUUUUAGCCCUAACUUCUACACAAGUAGCGAUAUGCACAGUCUGGUUAUCUACUGCAUCCCCAACACCCCAUAAAAACAAUCAGUAUAUCCGCUCUAAAAUAGUAUAUGAAUGUGCUAUAGGCUCAGUGGCUGGUUUUUCUGUGCUGUUGGGAUACAUUGGACUGUUGGCAGCGGCAAGUUUCCUGUUAGCCUUCAUGGCCAGGAAACUUCCAGAUAAUUUUAAUGAAGCAAAGUUCAUCACUUUCAGCAUGCUGAUUUUCUGUGCUGUGUGGAUUACAUUUGUUCCAGCAUAUGUGAGCUCACCAGGGAAAUAUGCAGUGGCUGUGGAGAUAUUUGCCAUACUGGCUUCCAGUUUUGGAUUACUGGUGGCCAUAUUUGCCCCAAAGUGCUACGUAAUUAUAUUACACCCAGAAAGAAACACUAAAAAAGCCAUCAUGGGAAGAUCAACCCAAAAGAAAUAGUUUUACAUGCUGAACAGAUGAGUAAUUAACUAGUGUAAGAUCCUGUAAAUAAAAUGAAACAUCCAAUUACUUCAAAUUGUGCGUAUAUACACUGUAUUUGUGUGUGUUGCUUAUUUACCUUCAAAUAA